ACACUGCAGAUUUUUCAUAUACAAUGUAUGAAGUGAACUCUGAUAAAUGUAUUAAAUAUGUAUUCCAUAUGUGUUGUUGACACUGUGGCAGUCCACCAGCAGAGAGCGCUAGUAGUUAGGUCGAGGGAACAGAGCUAUGGAGUCCGAUGGUCCAUAUCCACAUUCUGUUGACAGUUGUUCGAUCCAACUAGUAAAAACCCUCUGACAUAUUUUCAGAUGGAGUGUCGUGGAGCUGUGUCGUUCACAGUCUUCCGGUUUUAUUUGCAGAUAAUCACAUCAACACAGCAGGUACAUUUUAAUAAUGACGUCCCACUUCUUUUCUUUAAAGGAGCACAAAUCCGUGAACUUUAACUGGGUCUUUAGCAACUCGUAUGCAGAACAAAAGCAGCUCACUGGUCCUCGUACCUCCAUCACAGUUUGAGAUAAUGAAGGGAAUAAUAACGUAGGGAACAGAGACGUGUACAGGUCGGUUUGAGUGACGUUUUAAGCCGCCGAAUGAGAGAGCAGGAGUUUUUAUUUGAGCCAAUGGGAGCCUUCGUUUCAUCCAUUCGCGUCUCACCAUGGGUUCGUCUGUUGUUUGCACCGGCACGCUCCGCUUUCUCGCUCACUCACAUUGCCCGUAUGACGUAUGUGAGGUCUGACCCUUUCUGGGGACCAGUGGCGGUUGGUGGGUAAUUUCACUGAGCGCGAGAACAAACACAUUCUAGUUUUUGUAAAUGUGCAUCCCACUACAAUCUAGCUGCAGAGACUUAUAAUAUUCAAAUCGCGAGUAGGUAUCAAUUUUGAAGAUGGGUGAACCACCUGCUGUCUUCUGAAUUAAGUUUAGUUUCAGAGUUUAUCUUUGAUUAUUAUUUUUUAUUUGUAGCUGGUGUUGGAAUGAAAAUUGGAAUGAAAAUUGUACAUAUUGCAGUAUAUUCCCUCCUGGCCCUCCAUUGUAGGCGUUUCUCUUAAAUACCUUUAAUAUUAAACAAUAUUACCAAUAUGUGCAAUAUUACCAAUAUGUGAUUGGUCAAAAAAUUCAGACUCACUCUGCGAGACUCCCUUUAAAACAAUAAAAAGAUUACUGUGGUAGAGAUGUAGAAUUCUGCUGAAAACAGCAAUAAACUCAAUUCUGAUUGUUUUUGUUUUGUUUUUCUUCAUCAAGGGAGACAAGGCCGUUUCCAACUCCUUUGAUUAACACAGAUCCAUGUGCCUUUGAUAGCUGAUUGAUCUCACACAGUUACACAACAGUAGUCGCCCCCCUGGCAAUAACCUGAACAAGAUUGCAUUAUAUUCACUUUUCAUACAGAAUCUCAAACUGAAUGGCGUUUUAUUGUCAUCACAUAUAACUUCUUUUUUAUUUCUCCACUCAAAUUCCUGAGCAGGCGCUGCCUCCCUGGCCUCAACUGAAGAGCCACGACUGGUGAUCAUACAUUUAUGAGAAAGAUUCUGUGGACUCUGCAGCAGCAGGUGUUUUUCUAGUUGGAUUUUAGCCCACUGACAUUCUCCCACAGCCAUGGAAUCGACGGUUGAUGACGAUGCAAUGGCAGCGUGAAUGAAGCUUGGCGUGGGGAGAGCUGAACGAUGCCCAAAGGUGGGGGUUCUAAAACCCCCCAGCUGGACCACUUCCCACUCAACACCGACAUGGUGGAAAAGCAGGGUGGGAAGAAGGAUAAAGUGUUGUCAAACAAGACGCCAAAAUUGGAUCGCAGUGAUGGGGUCAAAGAGAUGAAAGAAAAGGCCCCUAAAAGGAAGCUGCCCUUUACUGCUGGAGCUAAUGGAGACCAGAAAGAUUCUGACUCAGAGAAACCAGGUCCAGAGCGGAAGCGCAUUAAAAAGGAGCCCACCAACACCCGGAAGGCGGGCUUGCCGUUUGGGAUGGGGAUGCCAGGGAUCCGGGCCGGGUACCCCCUCUCUGAGCGGCAGCAGGUGGCCUUGCUCAUGCAAAUGACAGCUGAGGAGUCCGUCAACAGUCCAGACACAACACCAAAGCAUCAGUCACAGUCCAGUCUGGGUCAGAAGGGAACGCCAAACUCUGCAUCUAAAACCAAAGACAAAGUGAAUAAACGUAAUGAGAGAGGAGAGACUCGGCUGCACAGAGCAGCAAUCCGUGGAGAGGUACGCCGCAUCAAGGAGCUCAUCAGCGAGGGAGCUGAUGUGAAUGUAAAAGACUUUGCAGGCUGGACUGCAUUGCAUGAAGCGUGCAAUAGGGGGUACUAUGAUGUGGCCAAGCAGCUGCUGGCAGCCGGGGCAGAGGUCAACACCAAGGGUCUGGAUGAUGACACCCCUUUACACGAUGCAUCCAACAAUGGACAUUUCAAGGUGGUUAAGCUCCUUUUACGGUAUGGAGGAGACCCACGUCAAAGCAACAGGAGAGGUGAAACGGCGUUGAAGGUUGCCAACUCUCCAACUAUGCUGAAUUUAUUGCUGGGGAAAGGCACUUACACUUCAAGUGAAGAAAGUUCAUCAGAAUCUUCAGAGGAGGAAGACGCCCCUUCAUUUGCCCCCUCCAGCUCUGUCGAAGGCAAUAACACAGACUCAGAGUUUGAGAAGGGCCUGAAGUUGAAAGGGAAAACCGCAGACCCUCCUAAAUCUGCUGUCACACCUGUCAAAGAUGAAUAUGAAUUUGAUGAGGAUGAUGAGGAGGAACGUGUCCCACCCGUGGACGAUAAACACCUUUUGAAAAAAGACUUCCGUAAGGACCCUAUCACCAAGGCCAACAGCUUCCUCUCCGUACCCAAGAUGGAGGUCAAAACCUAUUCCAAAAGUAACACGCUCACACCAAAGAAAACUGUCAGGCGGAUCAUCUCUGACAGCAACAGUUCAGAUGAGGACGACAGGACGUUAUGUUUCACGCCUGCGCCUACACCACGGCAACAAGCCCAGCAAACUAAUGCCAAGGCUAGAGACUCUGGCAGCAUGAGCUCUAAACAGCAGAAAGACAAGAAUAAAGUCAAAAAGAAGCGGAAGAAGGAGAGUAAAAAUAAUGUCAGUAAAGAAGUCAGGUUUGGUAAAGUCAAUGACAAAUUUUGUACGUCUGAUUCUGACUGUGGAGAUAUGGACAGUGAGGAUGACAAGGGCUCAAAUAGUAUAAAGGACUCCUCUGCAGCGAGUGUGAAAGAAUCCCCUGGCUUUAACGCAUCCUCCUCUUCCCAUGGUAACUUGAACUCUCAGAAACAAGCCCCGUCAUUAGCAGAACAGCAUCCAAAGCAGUGGAGGACAGACGGAUGGAAGACGGUGUCAUCUCCUACAUGGUCAGACGUCAGUUCUCUCUCAGAUUCAGUCCGAACAAGACUGUCCAGUGAGUCUGACUACUCCUCUGCUGAUUCCAGUGUAGAGUCAAUAAAACAGGUCAAGAGGAAAGCACAGGAGAGCAAAAAGAAGAAUAACAAUGUGCACAGUAAUACAGUCGACAAGAAGAAUUCUGAACUCUACAAAAACUCCAAUACAGACAGUGCGGUCUCCAAAACCGAUGUAGAUGGCAAAGUGCUGAAAAAGCAUAAAGUGAAGCACAAGCACAAAAAUAAGGAAAAGGACAAAGCUCCUAGUCUAGUGCUCAAUCAAGACAUGAAUGAGAAAUUUGUCAAGAGCUAUUCCUUUGAUUAUGAUGAUUCAAGGCAGAAGUCCCUAAUUGUCGAGUCAGAGUCACCUGCCGAGAGCAAAGUCAAGUUAUCCAAACACGACCAUUCGAAAAAGGAGGACAGGCUUUUGAAAAAUAAGUCUGAGGAUAAGGAUUGGUCAUCUGGUAAAGACCUGCAUAGAACAGCAAAGGAAGAGAAGAAUAAGAAAGCAAAGGACUCCACCAAGGACAAGACGAAUAAGGAGGAGAGGGAGAAGCCUGUGAAAUCUGACAAGGACAGAAAUGUCAAAGAGAAGGAGAAGCCCAAGGAGGAUAAGCAAAAAGCUCACAAAGAGGAGAAGAAGAAAAAGUUCAAGGAGAAGUCCUCCUCAAAGGCAGACAGGAAAAGUGAACAGAAGGAUGAAAAGCAUCUUAAGGUGGACAAGGAGAAAAACACCAAGGAGGAAAAAGACAAAUGUAAAAAAGACAAAGCACAGAAGGAGGAUUCUGCGUAUGAAGGCUAUGAUGUCAACAACCGCUUCCUCAACCUGGAGGACACAAAGCUCAGUGCCUCAGAUGACCAUCAUGACCGAUGGGGCUCCGAGAUGUCCUCUGACUCCUCCCUCUCUGGAGAUGACAGUUGGGAUGCUCCUAUCAAAGAGUACAAGGAAUACAAAGCCAACAACUCUGUUAAGCUAAUUGUUGAGACUGUUAAGGAAGAGACCAGGCGGAAAGAAAACAAAGUCAAGGACAAGAAAUCAGAUCACAGUGAGAAAAGAUCCGAGAAAGAAGUCACUUCCAGAAAGAAAGACAAAGACUCCUCUGAGAAGACAAAUGAAAAGAAAAAAGACUGGUCAGAAAAACAGAAGUUAAACCCGAGUCACUCAGUUGAAAAGGAAAAGAAGAGGAAAGAGUCCACAGACAUAGUCAAAAAAGACAAGGAUUCUCUAGACAACAGUCGAGACCGUAAAGACUCAUAUGAGUCCACAAAGGAGAGAAAGGAAAUCAAAAUCAAACAGGAAUCUAUAAGAGAUGACUAUGGCAAUGAUACUUUCUUCAAAGACAUUGAUGCCGGCAAAUCAUGUGAUAUCAGAGAAAGAAACCACUCUGGAAAGGAGAAAGAAAAGAAGGGCGAGGGAACAGACAAGCGAGAAAAGACAAAAGCCGACAAGCACAAAGAGAAGACAAAAGACAGGGGCGCCGAUCAGGAGAAGGAGAAGAGUGAGAAAAGCUCCACAGAAAAACCUGCCAAGGAAAAGGAUGCAGACAGGGGCACCAAAGACAAGAAGGAGGGAGCCAAAGACAAACACAAAGAGUCUCAUGGCAAAGACAAAGAUCGGAAGAUUUCUUCGGAACAGACCAAGGAGAAGAAAGAAAAGGCCUCUCUAGACAAACAUGCUGAGAGGGAGAAAGAUUUCUUGGACCUCAAGAAAGAGGAAAGAAAAACUGAGAAAAUCAGAGAGAAAACAUGGUACAAGAUCGCUGACAUAUUCACUGAUGAAAGUGAUGACGACGAGGACAGCUACAAUGGCGGCGUGCUCGUGUCUGACUCCAUCAGAAAAGACUCCACACCUGAUCAGGAUGACCUGGAUCACUUCCCUUCAGAAAAAGUGAGAAAAUCUUCUGUAGAAGCUAAACACAACACGGAAAAGGCAAAAGACAAAGACCACAAAGAAAAGAAGAAGGAAAAGACCACAUUUGACACAGGUAAAGAGAGAAAGGGCUCCCUGGAGAAACACAACAAAGACAAGAAGGACUGUGUAGAUGCAAAACAUAAGGAAAGAAAAGACAGAAUGUCAAUUGACUCAAAUCAAGAGAAGAAAACCAAACAGAAGCUGCUGGACAAAAGGGACACCAGUGAGGAAAAGACAAAAAGCAAAUAUAAAGACAAGCUGGACCAUUCUAAGGAAAGGAAACCCUCAAAAGGCAGUGGUGAAAACGAAAAGUCCCUCUUAGAAAAAUUGGAGGAGGAAGCUAUGAAUGACUAUAAGGAUGACUCCAAUGACAAGAAUAGUGAAAUCUCUUCAGAUAGUUUCACUGACAGAGGUCACGAGCCAAUCCUCACCAGCUACUAUGACUCCAUCAGUCUGGCUGAUGUGUGUGAGGACCGGAGAGACUCCCUGUCCAUAUCUACACCCCAGGACAAGUUCAGAGAGAAAGAAAGGCAUCGACAUUCCUCUUCAUCUUCUUCCAAGAAAAGCCACGACAAGGAGAAAGAAAAGGUCAAGAAGGAAAAGGGAGACAAACGUGACAAGACGGAGGACAUCCGAGAGUCCUACAGCCGCAGAGAGAGCCUACCUUUUGAGAAAGAGCCCAUGCCUCUAGAAGCAGACCCUUACACAUUCCCAUUUGGAGGUAAAGGAGACGGAGAGGAUGACUUUGAGAAAACAUUGGAAUUUGAAAAGGAGAUGUCCAAAAAGGACAAAGACAAAGCAACUGGGGUCAUUAGUGACAGAAUGAAGGACAAAAAGAAAAAGGAGAAACACAAGGAAAAAAUUAAGGAGGAAAAGAAUAAGUACACCGAUGGCUUUGGGUCAUUUAAACACUCCAAAGAGGAUGUAAAGUCAGGGUUGAAAGACAGCCCACAUCUCACUGUUCUGAAAGACAGGUCAAAAGAAGACAGUCCUAAAUUUGAUCUGAAAAAAGACAGAAAUCGGGAUAUAUUGGACAAAGACAACAAAAUGGACCACAGCAAAUCCAAGGCUAAGGAUGAAAAUGAAAAGCUCACUCAGUCCAAAGACUCAGUACGGAAAGAUAGUCGUCCACGUGAAAAGCUGUUGGUGGAUGGUGAUUAUCAAAUGACAAGUUUUGGUCAGAUGUUGAGUCUGAAAGACCAGGAGAUUGAAGAGCGCCACAAGAGACACAAAGAGAGGAUGAAGCAGAUGGAGAAACUGAGACCCAAGUCAGGGGAUCCUAAGCUGAAGGACAAAACCAAGUCCACAGAAGAAGUACGGAAAAACCGCAAUGAGCUAUCAUCAAAGAAAUCCAACAGCCUGGAGUCUGGUCUUAAAGAGAAGAAGCUGAAGGAUGUGGGUCUUCCAGCGCAAAUGAUGUCACCGGGCAGGAAGUUCCAGCCUUCGGACAGUCAAAACUCAAAGGACUGGUUGGGUGGCCACCAAAUGAAGGAGCACCUCCCUGCUUCUCCCAGGCCAGAUCAAAACAGGCCAACUGGUGUCCCCACUCCAACGUCUGUCAUCUCCUGCCCAAGUUUCGAGGAAGUAAUGCAGACUCCACGUACACCAUCUUGUAGCGCAGAAGACUACCCUGACAUUAUGUUGGAUGGCUUAGACUGUCAGAACUCAUCAGCUAUGACCAUGUCAAUGAAUGCUUGCUCCCCAUCCUUCUUUGAAAGCAGGUACAACUCCCAGAGUUUCCAGGAAGGCACUUGCCCUACUCCGGCAAAGAACCUCCAGCUUCCACUCGUCAGCCGCUCUGCGUCCUCAGACGUCCGCAGGCCUCUCGAGGAUGAGUUCAAGGCUGAGGCUGACAAGUUCCUUCGACAGCAGAAUGACCCAGAGGUUGACUUUGAUCCGUCAUCCUCCCAAACUCUAGAGGACAAAUCGGCAGAUAGGCUAGAGUGCCUGUCAUCACCCUAUUUCUCUCCAAUGAGAAUGUUGUCCCCUCGGCAGGAGCCGGCACAUCUGUCGCCAGAUGUGGCAGCACCAACUCUUACUGGCACUGAGGGUAAUGAACACCUCCUUGAAAGUGUGUACAGUUUCUUGCCCAAACCUUCGACACCAGUUCACAGGCCAGACCCACAGGAGCCUUGCUUUGACAUCGCUGCACCACCAACACCAGCUCCUACUGCUUUGCCACCCCUGGACAUCGACGACAUCUCUGAGCCUCACCAUAGUGAACCUAACUUGGUCCUCUCAGAUCUUCCUUCUGUUACAGAACAACAAGAGCAAGAAGAGGAGGAUGAGGAAGAAGAAGAUGAAGACGACGAUGAAGAAGAAGAAGAAGAAGAAGAGGAGGACGAGGAGGAGGAAGAAGAAGGAGAUAUGGACGAAGGGGCCGAUGGAGACCAUUGUGCAGUGGAGGAGCCUGAGCAAACACAGGAGCCAUGUUCCUUCUCCCCCCAGGUUGAGGAUCCUCUGAGGAAGAGCUGGCCUGCAGAAUCACCAGACCGGCAGGAUCCAGAAGUCCACGAGCUCUCCCCAGCACACUCUGCCCCCAACCAAGGAGAGAACUGUUUUGAUCACAACAUGGGCUGGAACCCUGACAUGGACCUCAAAUCUCCCCACAGAACAUAUGGGGAAAUAGAGGCUGCAGUCUCCAAAAUAACCAGUCCUUACUCCCAUUCAGACAGCGACAUGCAGCACCUGUCUGGACACCCGUCGGUCACUCCCCCUUAUGCGACCUGGAAUAGGUGGCACAAAGAGGACCCAGAAGACUUUGAUGAGCAGAAGGAGGCUGUGGCUGACAUCCCCUCUCCAGAGAGGCGUGACUCGGCUAUGGAUGGGGAACCCAACUAUCUGAACACCUCGUCCUCCUCCAACAGGCUAGAGUCUUUCUUCCAGGACUGCAAACCUAGCAUGGAAGACAACCACCAGAUUGACCCAGAGUCAACAUGUGAAGAACCAGACAGCAGACAGAACACACACAGUUUCAGUGCUGCAAGUGAAGGCCACUUGGGUCCGGCGGUGGGCCCCGAGCCGGUGGUGCCCUGGGCAGAUCCAUUCUCAGCUGAUGCGGAUGACCUGGGACCGUUCUCUUUGCCUGAACUACCGCUACCAGACAAGUCCGAAGAAGCUGAGCCUCAAGACCCUGAACCAGCUGACCACAACAAAACUGUGCUGACCCACAUUAGACAUAGUAUCACAGACAGAGAGGACCCAGACAUAAUGGAGGUGGACCUUCCAAACCUUGCUAAGACUUCGUGCCCUGCUGAAAACUUAAGUUUGGAAGAACCUACCAGACAAGAUUUAGUUGUGCCGUCACCGCAUGCCAACUUCCAGCAAGACUUGGACCUUGAGCCACAAAGUGUGCCAGUCGAGAGCUCUCUGUCUCUUUCGCAACAGCAGGAAAGAACGGAAACCUAUGGCGGACCCCAUGAGCCAGAGCCCAAUAUCUUGUAUUCAUCUGUGAAAUCAGAUGCCAGUCAGCAACAUCACAUACAGAUCCACUCCCUCACUGAGUCGUUGCAGUUACCCCUGGAUUCGGUGUCUGCUGUCAAGCCAGAGGUGAGACAGGAGGAGAUGUCUGAGCCUGUAGCAGAAUCUCCACCAUGCAGUCCUCCUCCUCAGCCCCCAGUGGCAGUCAGCCUCUCUAGCACAGUUGAUCUACCAGAGACUCAGGAGACAACACCACAGCUGACACCAGUAACCCUGACCACUGUGUCCACCAUUGUAGAUAUCCCCAAGAAGGUGGAUGAAAUCCCUCAAAGGAUUACCCGCAAUCGCGCCAAGAACAAUCCCUCUGCUGCUGCUGUCCCUUCUACCUCCAGCAUAAUAACCUCGUCUGUCACUGCCGCCCCUGUAACGACCAGUCCAGCAGCGAGCAACCUGAUUCCCACAAUAACCCCAACCCCCACCUCGGGCUCUUCCUUCUCAGCCCUGAAGAAAGACAAAGAAUCUGUGCUUCAUGUCUCCUCUACUGCAUCUUAUUCAACCCCAGCAGUUUCUGUACCCGCUUCUGUGACAACUGCAUCAGUGGUUCUCAGCAAGACGACAAAAGUACGCCCCCUCCAGGUGGAGGAAGAGGAGUCUCAGACCCAACACCCGCGGAAGAGGAAGUUCUCACGUUCUGCUGGGCAGCAGGUCCAGGUCCAGCUGGUGAACACAGCAAUGCAGCAGACCAGGGAAAUGAUUCAACAGACUCUGGCUGUAGUAGUCAAUGCCAUCAAGCUGGACGAUAUCGAGCCCUACCACAGUGACCGUUCAAACCCGUACUUUGAGUAUCUGCAGAUCAGGAAGAAGAUCGAGGAAAAAAGGAAGAUUCUGUGCUACAUCACCCCACAGGCUCCACAGUGUUAUGCUGAAUAUGUGACCUACACCGGCUCCUACCUGCUGGAUGGCAAGCCCCUCAGCAAGCUUCACAUCCCUGUGAUUGCACCACCUCCAUCGCUGUCAGAACCUCUGAAGGAGCUCUUCAGACAACAGGAAGCAGUAAGAGGGAAGCUCAGGUUGCAGCACAGUAUAGAACGGGAGAAGCUGAUUGUUUCGUGUGAGCAGGAGGUUUUAAGGGUCCAUUGCAGAGCAGCCAGGACAAUAGCCAAUCAGGCUGUGCCAUUCAGCGCCUGCACCAUGCUGUUGGACUCUGAAGUAUACAAUAUGCCAUCAGAGAGCCAGGGUGAUGAAAACAAAUCGGUGAGAGAUCGCUUCAACGCUCGUCAGUUCAUUUCCUGGAUUCAGGAUGUGGAUGAUAAAUACGACCGCAUGAAGACGUGUUUGUUGAUGCGGCAGCAGCAUGAGGCAGCAGCCCUCAACGCAGUGCAGAGGAUGGAGUGGCAGUUGAAGGUCCAAGAGCUGGACCCAGCAGUGCACAAAUCCCUCUGUGUCAACGAAGUGCCGUCCUUUUACGUGCCAAUGGUCGAUGUCAAUGACGACUUUGUCCUGCUGCCUGCAUGACACACCUGUGCUCAGAGAGAGAGCGCAAACUUUGUCUGAAUCACUUCUUCUCAAAGAGACUUCGUUGAACAGAACGAAUGGAAAGGGCUAGCAAGUUUGACAGAGGACUUUAGAUAAGAAGAAAAAAAUAUAUUCUAUAGAAAAAGUAAAAAUGAAAAAACUUGCUCUCGGUUCCCUUCCGUGAAGAAGGAAACAUGUUUUUACUGGGGAAAAAGAAAAUACACAACUUGCACUUUCAUCCUCAAAGUUUUUACGCUUUCGUUUGAUCAGAGCGCGACGAGCAGAAACAGUUUCUGCUUUGAGGCUCUGACGUCAGGACACAACUCCUCAGUGUUCAGUGACGGUGACACCGGGGACAGAGAUGUAUUUUCUUUAUUCGUUUUUGGUCCCUGCUUCGGUUGACCCGCCACCACCACCACUGGGAGGAGGUAUCCGAUAAAGAGUUAUCUCAACAGUGUGGUGCCUGUCCUGAAGGAGGACUGAGGUGAAGCCUCCCCUGUUGAUCCAGGGCUCCUGGUGGGCCGGGAGAACCAGACCGAGUCGGCGCUGGUCUGUCAACAGGGCUGUGGUGCGUCACGUGGAUCUUCAAUGUAUCUACCCCAAGACAGCUGGGAUGAACAGACCUGGAGUCUAGAACCAGCCGCAGUUGGUUUUUGGGGCUAUGAGAUAGUACACCCAGAGGACGCUUUUUCGGUUGACUGCACCGGGCCCGGUUAUGCUGCAGUGCAACGGAGCCUGCAGCAGGUCGGAGGGUGAGCAAUGUGUGUGUGUGUGUGUGUGUGUGUGCACGUCAGGGCCCAGUGUCCGAGGGGAAGAGACUGACUCCGCAGCCUCUCAGCCGGGCCAAACGGAAGAGGACAGGCACGGGUCGCUGAGGACAGACCGGAGUGUUCCUCGGCCGCCCCUGUUGGCUCCGACACAAAUUCAUCAGACCGCCAUGGACUGCAAAAACACCACAGGACGACCAGAAGAAACAAACACAACGAAUGUUGAGACUCAAAGAGACUAUUGAGAAAUUGUGGUUAAGUGGGAGAGAAAUAUUGUUUUUGUCUAUUUCUUUACUUGGGCAUUUCAUUGUUUCUGAGGAAGCGACUUGAAACACUACAGAGCCAAUAUUAGUUUAAUGGAGAAAAAAAACAAAAGAAAACUUAAAAAAAGUUGUAUUCCGUAAAUUAUGUACAGUUUUUAUAUUCGUUAACCAAUGUAUUCUUGCUGCCUUCUAGAUAAUUUAUUUUGCCACACAUUACUGCACAGUUGUAAAUAACCUAUGUACUGUAAUAUCACUCAGUUAAGUGUAAAGAAAAAAAACAUAAAAGAAAUAAAAAUUAUCUUUUUAUGUACAGUUCACUUUUGGGCAGCACUUUCCCCCCCUUCAUAUCCAUGGGCCAAAAUGUGUACGCGAUUCUGUCAGUAUUUGAAAGACUCCAGUGCACAGUUGUAUGAUCCCAUCUCUAGAUUCAGUCCGGGCUCAGGUGAGGCUUCUCACCUGGACGUGGAUCACCACCAAACAAACAAAUAGCUGAAAAGAGAACACUCGGAUUUAACCGGCCUCCCACAGGCCGACCACCACAUAGUCCCUCGGAUGUAGCAGAAUAACUGUUGAGGAUUUAUUUAAAGAAUAGACAAAGGAUUAUUAUUCAUUGCUUUACUACACAAUUAUAUCUGAAAAUUUUCGAAAACCAAGAAAAUGCCUUUUUCAGUGAAAAAAAAAAUGUACUCAUUGUUGGGCAAAGUCACACAGAUGAAAGUCAAGAGCGAUGCCGUCAUGUCGAUGUAGUAUGGUUUCGUUUUUCUUGUUUUUACUUUUUGCAAAAAUGUGACAGAAAUCCUUUCUGAUGAUCACACAACAUUGUCUGAUACCAACGAGACACAGGUCUUUCAGCAUUUCAUAACAAGUUCUGUUCUCCGCGCUCGUCUGCUUCCCAGCACGGAACCGACUCAAAGGUCGUAAAGGCCUCUGAACGGUUUCAUUCCACCUUGACCGCCGUGUUCAGUCCAGGUCCGUCUGCCCCCUGGUCCAAUAUGGGAGAGCAGCUUAUUUUCUUUGGUGCUGUUCCCAACUUUACUCACCAGAUGGCGCCAGAAAAUCCAAUAACCUAAUUUGUCUUUGCAUGAGACUUGUGGCCUUUUCACUUGGGUGUUUUUAAAUAUAUUUAAAUUUUAUUACAACCCAUAGGGAGUUUAAUCCUCUUAUUUUUCAUAGUCCGGCUCAUAAAUGAACAGCAAAAUUGGCAGUCAGAUUAGUUUGUUUUUUAUCAGUCAUUAAUCUACAAGGGGUUUGGCUUGUGUUGUCAGGGAUUUUAAACGUUAGGUUACUUCCUCAUAUUGCUCUGAUGUGUUGGGGGCAUUUUGCCAUGAUAUUGUUCUUGUGUCAGGCCCAAGUACACUGUUAAAGAGACUUAAAUCUUCUCAGAAUCAACCAAAAAAAAAAAGAAAAGUGAACAGACAUUAACACAAACAGCGGAGGGGAAAUAAAUAGCGUAAUGCUGAAUAGACCUUUAAUUUGUUUGGGUUAUUUUUUUUUCUUUUCUUACUGCCCUCAGUUCAAAAUCCGAUUGAAAAGUUCAUUUGUGAUUACUUGUGUUGAUCUUUCAGUUGGUCUUGGUUUUGAAAAGCUUUCCUGACCUACCACAUGGGCUGCCUGCCCGUCCGUGUGUGAGAGCUGCUCAUGUAUCCUGAUUAUUAAGUUAUUUACACACUGUCAGUCAGCAGAGCUGUGUUGGGUAUGUCUAGUCAGGUGCAAUGGUUUAUCUAUUACACUGUGCAAAGAUGGCUAGAGUCAUAGUCCUGGAUUUUUAAAUUUAUUUUAAUAACAUAUCGUGGUUGGUAUACAUCUACACACACACACACACAUUUGGAUUCACAUAGCCAGAAUUUUUUGCUUCAAAGCCGUGUUUGUCUCUCGAUUUUUGUUUCCAGUUAGUUGGUUUCUUCCAGUUCUUUGGGACGAGGGUGAUGGGUGUCUUUUGUUCACAGAAUCCUCGUGUGUUGUUUAGCUUGGUGUAUGUAGUUUUCAGUGUUGUUGUGUUUCAACUUUUGUUUUGUUUUUUUCCUUUCCUAACUAAGGCAUAAACACCAGUGGCAUGUCAAUCACGUUGCUUAUCAAGCAGAAUGUAUACCGUUACUAUGCCCUGACCGACGACAACACCCUCUCACUAUUGUUUACAAGACAUCGAGUGCGUUUCCUUUUCCCGCGUCACCUUUUUGUUUUAUUUCUAACAGUCGAAGCCCCGCCUUUGUUUUUUACUCCUGUAAUCAGUCAUUGAUUUGAACCACAAAGGCUUGAAAUAGUGAUGGUUGACAUUGCUGACUUCUCCCCUGGUCUGCAGUGAACUGCGCAGAGCAAUAGAGUAAACACAUCCGACCGCGCUGAUUCUCUAGUGUGAAUAUUCAACUUAAAAACACAAAUACUGGAUAAUUUGAAAACAGACAGAAACACACAUCAGUCCUCAGAUGCACAGUAGAGCACUUGGCCAUGGUGAUACAGAUGCUAGCCUGACACCACCUCAGUCAGCAACAUAUUACCUCUACUCUCCUUACAUUCACUCAUAAUGUUUAUUUUAGAUUUGUUGUUUGUUGUUUUUUAUUCUUACUGGAUAUAAAUAUACAUAAUUGCUAUUUUUUCAUUAUAUAGAAUCACGAUUUCAAGCCUUUUUUUCUAGUUUUCUUUUCUUUUUUUGUUUUGUUUUAAAUUUUUAAUUAAAACCCAGACUGUAGCUGUUUCUUUUUUCCUUUUUUUUUGUUUUCUUGAAUGGAAAAUGACAAAUAAAAAGCAUGGAGAACUACUCUUUUAAUGGUGAGAAAUAACCUAUUUAUUAUCUUUUUGUUUUUUUUCUGACACCUGUGGUAUGUUUUGAGUUGAAGUUGGUCUCCGCUGUGUAAAUUUUCCUCCUUGUGAUGCGUGAAAGAGACAUACGUGUACAUAGCUCUGUAAAUAAAACCUCCCAGGACGUUUUGCACCCUCCUCUUUGUACUAGUCUGAAAAAUUGCGUAGAAUGUGGGGUUCUAACAGCAACGGGCUGCGUUCGCUCGCUGCAGGUGAUUAUGAUGUAACAAUGUAACAUUUUUUUAUUUGUACAAUGUAGUUUAUUUGUGUACAUAUUGUUGGAGCAGCUAAGGGGCAGGGGAGGGGGUGUAUGGGGGGGAGGGGGGGGUUUUGUCGAUGCUAUCGUCAGUGCUGUAACAGAAAUCCAGUACUUUCACCUCUAGCUGUUGUUGAUUUUCCUGCAGAAAAAAUUUAAAUAAAAAUUGAGACAAAAAAAGACAAAAAAAUCAAAACGCGAGAACCUGAAAAUGAGGAUGGAUGGCAAAAAGACUAAAACUGAAAAGUAAAAAUUCUAAAUUGUUAUUUUCUACAGUUGCAUGUACAGAGAGCGCGAGAACUGCUGUUGUUCCUCAGAGAUUAUGUUCGUUAAUAAAAUUUUGAAAUAUUA